GUAAACAACUGUAAAUUUGCACACAUUCAGUAUGCACCAUCAUUAUUAAUUGAUGUAGCCAAAAUAUCUAAUACUGCUACUACUAGACCCCGUAUAAUAUUAUUGCUUUGAUCAAACUGAGAAACGUCGUUUUUUAUGGACAUUAGCAGAUUGGGUCUUAUAAAAAUCUAACCAUGGCUGAAGCAUUAAAGACUGUCAUCUCCCAGAGUACAGAGUGUCCAGUGUGUCUUUCUACCUUCACCGAUCCCAAGAUCCUGUCUUGUUCCCAUACGUUCUGCAAUGCGUGCCUGGACAACCUCUUAGAAUGCCGCGGUAACUCCCAGAUCCGGUGUCCUGUCUGUAGAGCUGUAACGCAGGUCCCACACCAAGAUGUUGGCAAACUACAGGUAAAUAUUGCUUUGAAGAGUCUGAUAGAUGAUAUGAAGGGCCAACCUCAGAUUUGCACAAAUUGCAAAUCAGAUGACAAGCCCCAUGCUGAUGUCUACUGCCAAGAAUGCGGCAAGUAUCUUUGCACAUCUUGUCUUAAUAAGCACUAUCAGUUGGAAGGCUCCAUCGGCCAUGACGUCAUUGCCAUGAGCGAUAUCUCAUCAGGCAAGGUGCCUGUACGUAGAUACCGCAAAUGCAGGAAACACCCGAAAAAAGAUGAGGAUUACUUCUGUUCCACCUGCAGGAGAUUCACAUGCUUCAGAUGUAUUGUUAUGGAACAUACGAGAGAAGGACACACGGUCAUCGAGGGAGCUGCUUAUGAGGACAAAUACAUGAAGAACAUCGAAGAUCUAAAAUCAAAGGUGGACAAGAAAAGAUCAUGCUUUCAGAAGUACAUUGAUUUCAUAGAUGAAGAAUGGAAGAGUGCUGACAAUGCUAAGAAACGGUGUACCAAGGACAUAAAAAAAGCAUACGAUGAAGCAGUCCGGCAGUUGACAGACAGGAGAGAAAGCCUACAGAGAGAAGUCAAGGAAUCGACUGAAGGAGUAGAGACAGAACUGGAAAGUAUGAAGACCACGGCCCAGGAGCACAUCAAUCAGUUGACGAUCAUUGCUGACAUGGUAACGAAAAGAACGAAGACACCGUUAGAUAUGGAUACUCUGGCUGUACACGACACUCUGUGUGAAGAGUUACGAGAGGUGUUGGAUCAAGAUGAUCCUGACUACAAGCAGCCGAGAAAAUCAAGCAAGAAGGGGAAAAGUGUAUUUAAGAGAAACAUUGGAAAGAAUGAGCUAGGCCUUGGCAAAAUUGUUAAUGAAGUUGGAAAAUAUGAGCUAGGCCUUAGUAGGAUUAUUCAUGUAAUGAUUAUAAUAAUAGUAGUUAGUUUUUGUUUAGUUGGCCUUGGUAGGAUUGUUAACCUGGACACAGCUGAAAAGUACGUCGGUUUGCCUACUUAUAAUAUUGAUAAUGUGAAGAACGUUGCUUUGCCAGAUAAGAAUAGCAUGAAUUUCAUGGUUAGUACACAAGACGGUAGGAUGGCAGUAGUACAUAGUACAGGUGGCAUCUCCAUCAUCUCCUCUGAUGGUAAGCUUCAGCAAACAGUUCUGAAGGAUGUUAAGAUUUUUGGGCUAGGGUUCCUCUCUGAUGGUCGACGUGUUGUGAUUGAUACUUCAAACAACAUCAGAUUAUACACACCAGAGUACACAAAAUUGAAUGUGAUGUUUAAGACUCUAAGUCGAGAUGAAGGUGGGAUUCCUAGUCUCACUGUUGAUGGUGAUGAUCUGAUCUAUGUAAGCUACAGGAAAGCCAUGAAGAUCCAGGUAUUUUCAACAACAGGUGGGCAAGCAAUCAGGGAGAUACCAUGCAACGGGUACAUAGCACAUCAAAUCACUAGCUACCAUGGAUCUCUGAUCAUUUCAUCAGGGUAUGUUAUCAGAUUGAUAGACAAACAGGGUGCUGUACAACAUGAAUUAAAGAUACCGGGUAGCAACCAUUACGCUGCUGUAUCUCAGUGGAAUACAAUCCUGAUAGCCAAGAUGAAGCAUGAUAAAGGUUUGGUGAGCAUUGACGAGUAUACAAACGAACUAAGGCACAUCCGAAACCUUGUUAAUGAUCUCAAGAUUGAGAAGCCUGACAUGAAUUGGUAUUACCUCCAGCAGUACCGAUCAGGAGAGAUCGCUUUCUGCACUCCGGAUAGACUCUAUAUAUUCUAUUCUAUAUUAUUGGAUUGCCCUUUUUCUUUAAUAAUAAAGCAAUAAUUACCAGUGAGAAUAUUGUAACACCACUAUCUAUGAACAGACAGGAUCGAAACAGUUAAAUUCUAUAAAAAUCCGUGUUUAGGGGUGAUCAGACUUAUUUUCCAACCCGGAAGUAAUGGGGAAAAUGAAAAGGUAAAUUGCCGAUUCGUCUAAUGCCAACUCUUCCACUCACCACAUGGUCUACCUUAAUUUAGUCUAAUGCCAUUCCGUCAAUCAAUUUUUCGUCUAACAACCAAUUGGUCCAAUCAUCACCUCGUUUAAUCACAAGUUCGUCUAUUACAAUUUCGUCACACAACCAGUUGGUCUAAUAUCCAUUUUAUUUUUAUUCAUUUUGUCCAAUUAACACUAAGUCCAGUUAGAUCAGAUGGUGGACUUAAUGGCUAUUGGACCAACUGGUUAUUAUAUAACUUGGUGAUUGAAAGGAAUAGCAAUUAGACAAUGUGGAUAGUGGACUAACUUAUGCUAGACCAAAUGAUAGUAAACUAGUUUGUAAUUGGACGAAAUGGCAUUAGACUAAUUGGAAAUAAACCAAUAAAAAUACAUACUUUUUAAAAAGCAAUAUUAUUCCUACUUCUCUUCUCUUUUCAUUCCUUUCCUUUCACCUUUGCAAUUAAUUCCCAUCAUCCCAAGCUCCUUUUCCUAUUCCCCUUUCUCCUCUCCCCCUCCAUUUAUCAUUCCCAAUUUCCCCUUGCUCCUCCCCCUCCUUCCCCUAUUCCAAAACCCCAGGCGAUCCUUUUAUUACUCAGUGAUGUAAGUCAAAUGACAGAUUCUAUGGUCCAUACAUGUAUUCUAUUUUUAAUUGUGUUUUGUAAUUAUUUUUCAUUGUGUUUCGUAAUUUUUUUUUAGUCUCAUAAAAAUCUAAUCAUGGCUGAAGCAUUAAAGACUGUCAUCUCCC